ACAGCCUCUCCCUCCUCACCGAGUCCACUCUGGACGUGCUGAAAUGGGAAGGAGGCGGUGUUUUGCUGAUCUGUUAAAUUCUUAGUGAAGUUCCCUUGAUUUCCAGUGGCUGCUGUUGUUUGAGUUUGGUUUGGAUAGAAACUGAGGUUGUCCUGGCAUUCCUGGGACUGAAUCCAGGCAAGAGGAAGAAGAAAACGAAGGAGAAGGAAACGAGGAGGGGAAAAAAGGUGGGGAGAAAGAAAGGGAGGAGAGAGGCACAGGGAAAGAGAAAAAGCCUAUUUUCAACAUCACAUUCCUGUGUUUUCCCUCAGCCUGGAAAACAUAUCAAUCCCAGUGCCUUUCUGCUCGGAAACAAAGGGACUAAGCCAGACUGUGGGGGAAAGGGUGAUAAGAAGGAUCCUGGAACUCUAAAGAGAGCAAAGAGGGAGACGCAGGGGCUUCCUGUCUGUCCGCACAGGGAUUGGCACACACAGACACAAGACCCAGCAGAAACGACAGAAAAAUGGAGAUGCAAAGACGUAAAAGGACAGCUCCUGUCACCUCAUCCUACUUGUCAAGAAGGUAAAGAGACAGCCUGAGAGAAAAGAAGAGAGCCGCUGAGCCCUCAGGUCAGGACAGGCGACCGGAGCUGGAGCUGCAGCGUGCCCCAGCCUCGCAAAGGAGACAGAGGGUUGGGAGGAAAGGCAUUUCAUCUAGGAAACUGUCCUGGGACCACACUUCAGAUUGCGCUUUAAACCCCCGGCAUUCCAUCUCCAUGAGCCACAGUUGGAUUGCACAAUGACAUGGAGAAUGGGACCCAGUUUCACCAUGCUGGUGGCCAUGUGGCUGGUGUGUGGGUCAGAACCCCACCCCCAGGCGAUGAAUGGAGGGGGCCAUGGAGGACAGAAAGCGCCUCUGGUCCCCGCAGUCCACAGAAGGCCCGCUCGGCUGCUGAGGCACACGGGGAGGUCUCAGGGAAUGGAGAGAACCGCGCCGGGAGAAGGACACCUGCAGCCUCUCCAAAGAAGGCGCAGUGUGCCGGUGCUGAAUAUAGCUCACGAGAAGGCCCCGCCGGCCCCGCUGGACAUCCAUGGGGCCCAGGGGAGACCUGAGCGGAGACCAGCAGCCCGGGCUUCUCCCCGCGAGAUGGUCCGGGAUGAGGGGUCCUCGGCUCGGUCCAGAAUGCUGCGCUUCCCCUCGGGGUCCAGCUCGCCCAACAUCCUGGCCAGCUUCGCGGGGAAGAACCGCGUGUGGGUCAUCUCGGCCCCCCACGCCUCGGAGGGCUACUACCGCCUGAUGAUGAGCCUCCUGAAGGACGACGUGUACUGCGAGCUGGCGGAGCGGCACAUCCAGCAGAUCGUGCUGUUCCACCAGGCGGGCGAGGAGGGCGGCAAGGUGCGCAGGAUCACCAGCGAGGGCCGCGUGCUGGAGCAGCCGCUGGACCCCGGCCUCAUCCCCAAGCUCAUGAGCUUCCUGAAGCUGGAGAGGGGCAAGUUCGGCAUGGUGCUGCUGAAGAAGACGCUGCAGGUGGAGGAGCGCUACCCCUACCCCGUCCGGCUGGAGGCCAUGUACGAGGUCAUCGACCAGGGCCCCAUCCGCAGGAUCGAGAAGGUCCGGCAGAAGGGCUUCGUGCAGAAGUGCAAGGCCUCGGGGGUGGAGGGCCAGGUGGUGGAGGAGGGGACGGGCGGCGGGGGCGCGGGGCGGCCGGGCCCGAGCAGCGAGAAGAGGAAGGAGGACCUGAGGAGGGCGCACGUGCCACCCACCAGGGACACUCGCGUGAAGGUGCCCAGGAAGCCGGCCGCCACGAUGGCCGCGCCUCCGCCGCCGCCCCCGACCCCCAGGGCCACCACCCUGCCUCCCGCUCCCGUCCCCACGGCGACUCGGGCCACCGCGCGGGUGGUGACGGCGGCGGCGAGACCCACGACCACCACGGCGUUUCCCACCACGCAGAGGCCCUGGACGCCCCGGCCGCACCCCUUCUCGGAUGCCCACAGGCCCCCAGCCACGGCCGAGGUGACCACCGCCAGGGGGGCCGUAGCCUCGGAGCAUCCCUACCCGCCCCCCCGGAGGGAGCCGCCGCGGGAGAGGCCGCAGAGCACCCGGAGGCCCGGCAAGGCCAGCAGCGCCGAGAGCCUCCCGGCCUCGCCCGCGCCCACCUGGGCGCACAGCACCAGGGCGGCCCCGGGCCGCACCCGGGACAACCGCACCGACCGGCGGGAGCACGGCCACCGGGAGCCCCCCGUGGGGCCGGGUCCUCACAAGCCAGCCAAGGGGAAGCCCCCCAAAAAGAAAGCCCAAGACAAAAUCCUCAGCAACGAGUACGAGGACAAGUACGACCCCAGCCGGCCCACGGCCUCGCAGCUGGAGGAGGAGUUGCAGGUGGGGAACGUCCCCCCGCAGAGGGCGAAGGACUCCAAGAAGCACGAGAAGCUGGAGAAACCCGAGAAGGAGAAGAAGAAAAAGGCCAAGAGUGAGAAGGCAGACAAGUUGCUCAAGAGUGAAAAGCCAGCGAAGAAGGACAAGGCGGAGAAGAAGAGCCGGCCCGAGAAGGAGAAGAGCAAGAAGAAGAAGGCGGGCCCCGCCGAGCAGGACGGCUCCCUGAAACCCACCACCAAGGACUUCCCGCCGAGCCCCAAGAAGCUGGUGGCCGACCUGCUGGGCUCCUUCGAGGGCAAGCGAAGGCUCCUGCUGAUCACCGCUCCUAAGGUUGAGAACAACAUGUAUGUGCAACAGCGAGAUGAAUAUCUGGAAAGUUUCUGCAAGAUGGCCACCAGGAAAAUCUCUGUGAUCACCAUCUUUGGCCCUGUCAACAACAGCACCAUGAAAAUCGACCACUUCCAGCUAGAUAAUGAGAAACCCAUGCAAGUGGUGGAUGAUGAGGACUUGGUAGACCAGCAUCUCAUCAGUGAGCUGAGGAGAGAGUAUGGAAUGACCUAUGAUGACUUCUUCAUGGUGCUAACAGACGUGGACCUCAGAGUCAAGCAAUAUUAUGAGGUGCCUAUAGCAAUGAAGUCUGUGUUUGAUCUGAUCGAUACUUUCCAGUCCCGAAUCAAAGACAUGGAAAAACAGAAGAAGGAGGGCAUUGUUUGCAAGGAAGACAAGAAGCAGUCACUGGAGAACUUCCUAUCCAGAUUCCGAUGGAGGAGGCGGUUGCUGGUGAUCUCUGCUCCUAAUGAUGAAGACUGGGCCUAUUCACAGCAGCUCUCAGCCCUCAGUGGUCAGGCAUGCAAUUUUGGUCUGCGCCACAUAACCAUUCUGAAGCUUUUAGGCACUGGAGAGGAAAUUGGGGGCGUCUUAGAACUAUUCCCGAUUAAUGGGAGCUCUGUUGUUGAGCGAGAAGAUGUACCAGCCCAUUUGGUGAAAGACAUACGUAACUAUUUUCAAGUGAGCCCUGAAUACUUCUCCAUGCUUCUAGUUGGAAAAGAUGGAAAUGUAAAAUCCUGGUAUCCUUCCCCAAUGUGGUCCAUGGUGAUCGUGUAUGAUUUAAUUGAUUCAAUGCAACUCCGGAGACAGGAAAUGGCCAUUCAGCAGUCACUGGGGAUGCGCUGCCCGGAAGAUGAGUAUGCAGGCUAUGGUUACCAUAGUUACCACCAAGGAUACCAGGAUGGUUACCAGGACGACUACCGUCACCAUGAGAGUUACCACCAUGGAUACCCUUAUUGAACAGAAAUAUGUAACCUUAACCCCAGUCAGUUUCCCCUUCAUCUGUUAAAGCCACAUGUGGCCAGCUACAUAAAGGAGUUCUGCCUACAUUCCACACUGCCCACUACAUUCCCUUCUUUUUCCUUUCUGUGUUCUUCCAAGAUUAAAUAAUAGCAAACCUUGGCCUA